CCAACUAGAACCAGCGCCCAACUGUGCAGCUGACAUAGACUUUGCUGUCAAUUUUUGGCAAUUUCAAUUUCUCCAAUGUUAUCAUCUAAAUUUUCCGUGAUAAAAUCGCCCCCUUAACCCAGUGACAGUGUGAAGUGCCCCCCUAAUCCAAUCCCCCAAUUAGUGAUGCACUGACAGUGAAUGAGCAGUGCCAAUUAUUCCCAAUCCCAUGAAUUCUAAUGUGCUGGCCCAGAUGGGGCCCCGCAGGUACCGCGGUGGCCUCCACUGCGACAAAGACGCCCUGACCGACAUGUUCGGGUGGUUCCUGCAGGUGCUGCUGGCCGGGCUGGCAUUCACCUGUCUCAUAGCCAAACGGUUUUGCGAGCCUCGCAUGCACCGCAGAUCGUGGCAAAUCUGGUUCUACGACACCUCCAAGCAGGGAAUGGGGGCCAUGGCGAUCCAUCUGGCCAAUGUGUGGCUCGCUGGUCAGUAUCAAGGCGAUCCCUGCACUUGGUACUUGAUAAACUUCCUACUGGACUCUUCAAUGGGGCUUUUGAUCAUUUUCGUGGGUAUCCGGACUUGUCAGCACCUAUCGCGACGGAAAGGCUGGGAUGCGAUUAACUUUGGGGAGUAUGGCAAGCCUCCCAAUGUCAACGCAUGGCUGGCGCAGUGCUGUCUCUAUGUGGGGCUCAUGAUUAUCGUCAAAGUCUCCAUCACGCUGUUCAUGCAGCUGAACUUCUGGGAGAACGUCAAGGACUUUAUAUUGAGCCCCAUUGACAAUCCCAAGGUAGAGCUGGCCUUUGUGAUGCUGAUUAUUCCGUUUUUUGUCAAUAUGUUGAUGUUCUGGGUAACAGACAAUUUCCUGAUGUACCGGGACCCAGCGAAGCGCCGACGCGACAGUUCAGAGGUGAGCUUGCUGGAAAAGGCCAAAGUCAAGUACCGGAGCCUCAGAAAGAAAAAGUCGGACUCAGAAAGCGACAUUCUGCUCUCUGCUGACGACGAGUUGCUGGACGCUGAGCAUGGGCCGUUUGUAGGCGCAGCAGUACACGCGUAGCUCUGAAGCUGAAACAUGUGACAAAUCGGAAAAACGACACUGAUUGCGUUCGACUCUCUGGAUUCAAGUGCGUUGAGCUCAGGUGAGCGGAUCGUCCAAGCCACUUAAGGGCGCGAGUAUAGACAAUGUCCCCGAUACUCAGGUUGUUGCUAAAUUCAAGUUUUUUUUUGGACGCCCUAUUGCGUCGGUUUUCAGUGAAGUUCUUGUGAUUAUCGUUACCGAUAUCGUCAAAGUGAUAUCACCCAGUAGGUUAGAGGAAAAAGGCUGUACAUUUUUUGAGUUAGUUACUAUACGAGAUUAGCGGGAAGCGGGCGUAUUUGCCGGGUCGGCUUUUACAUAUCACUUUUUACACAGGGUAGGUUUUUGGGCAACAAACGCGAGAAAAUUGGGGCAAAUUCGAAUUGUUCUUGACCAACAGUCUACACUGAUCCCAUCCCGGUACAAAGAGAUUCUUUAUAUUCUUCUAGGUUUGUAAACAUUCUUCGAGGUUUGUUUCUAAAAAAAUGAAAAAUG